AUGGCUUUAUAUAUAUGCCUCAAACAUAAUAGUUAUAAAGGUGUUAUAGCUGGUUGUAUUCAAAUAGAUAAAUUAACAAAUAUAAUCUUUGCCAAUAUGCAUUUACCGGCAGGAGAAGGAAAAAAAGAAGAACGAUGCAAAUUAUGGUCAAAAUUUCUUCAAAUCUAUCACGCAAACAAUAUCAAAAAUGAUUAUAUGUUUGUUUUUGGUGAUCAAAAUUGGCGUACCUUAAAUACGUUGAGUAUUAAUAAUAUAAUUGAAGCAGUCCAAAAAAAAGAGUACAAAACAAUACUUGAUAAUGAUGAAUUAACACAAAUGCGUCAAAACGACAAUGAAGAAUCUACUGCUCAAUGCUUGAGUAAUUUUAUCGAAGCUUCUAUUACAUUUCCACCAACAUAUAAGUAUAUACUGAAUAGUGAUGAAUAUCAAACAGAAAAGGAUAAAGAAAUUCGUCGACCAAGCUAUACUGAUCGUAUUCUUAUUUCAACACUUUCAAAUAAUCUUGAAAUUCUCCAAUAUUCAGCAAUGAGUGAUAUUAAACUCAGCGAUCAUCGACCAGUAUUUGCAGAUAUAAUUCUACAUCAACGAUCAAGCAAUAACGAAAUAUUUGCAGAACCUAACACAAGCAGAACUCCUGCAGUAAAAACUGAUAACAGACAAAUCUCGAAGAAAAAUUCGUUGACCAUGAUUAUAGUUACAGUUAUCAUUAUUAUAAUUUUCUGCGCAAUCAGUAUUCUUGCUAUUUAUUAUUUUGUAAUCAAAUGUAAAACAAGAAAUGUUGAUAUUCGACAAGUAUCAUCGAUUGAUCUUUCUGGUACACAAUCGGAUCGAGAAAACACAGUUACACAAAAUUAA